AUGGCGGGCGACAAAAAAGUCAUGUUAAAUUUAAUAAAUGAAGGCAAGGAAGUCAUGAUAACCUUAACUAUGUAUAAGAAUGAGUCUGAACUAGUGCUUCAACGUUUAGCCCAAGCUAUUGAAAGAACACUUCGACAAUUGGAAGCUAUGGGCGACAAUCUAGAACAGGCCAGUAUUGAAUGCAUAAUCGAAAGCAAAUUGCCAGCCUGGAUCCUAGAUAAAGUAUAUCAACAAAAGGAAGAAAAGGGACCGUG